CUGAAAUUCCUCCAUCCAACGUCGGCUUCACGCCCGCAGCGCCACGCAACACGCAGAUACGAAAGCAGGAAAUUUUCAAAACCAAAAAGAGUAUCAGGGCCGCGCGCGCAAAAUCGCCCAGCCGAGACGACGGACGCUGCUGCUGCUGCUUGUUGCUUGCUGCCGCGGCCACUGCCAUGGCGUCCGUCUCGAGCGUCCACACCCGCUCGCACAGCCUGUUACUGCUGCAAAAGCUCCUCAACCUGCGCGACACCGCCGCCAGCCCGCUGACGCUCGUGCUCGACAGUCUGGAGCAGCCCGCGGGCCCGCUCGUCGCCGAGUUCAUCGCGCGCGCCAAGAUCUCCAAGACCAAAGUCGUCUUCCUGUCGUUUGCCACGCUGAGGAAACCCCGCGGCGCGGAUGUGCUCGUCAAGGCCGCUGGGCGGGACCUCGCGGCCGUCAGGCGCGAGCUGCAGGCUCAUGUCCCGGCGUUUGAUCCGGCGCAGACAAGGGCGAAGAAGCCGUCACAGCAGCGAGCCGUCAUCGUCAUCGACUCCAUCAACAACCUCGCGUCCGCCGACGCAGGGUCCCUGGCCGCCUUCCUGUCCAGCAUCAUCACGCCCACCGUCGCCGUCGUCGCCGUGUACCACGACGACGUGCCCGUCAUCCUGCCCAGGACGUUCAACGAGUACGAGCCGCACCCGUUCACGGUCCUGAGCCACCUCGCCACCGCCGUCCUGCGCGUCUCGAGCCUGCGCCAGGAGGUCGACCGGCAGGGCGCCCGCGACCGCGCGCUGCAGGAGCCCGAGUGGGGGCUCAAGGAGGGCCGCGAGGGCGUCAUUGUCGGGCUGCGGCCGCGGGGCAGCAGCAGCAGGGCGGGCGAGGAUGGCAGCCACAGCGGCGGCGUCGUCAUCGACAUGGAGCUGCGGCGACGCAGCGGGAGAACCGUCGCCGAGAAAUUCAUCCUGCAACCCCCUGCCGCCAACGCCUCAUCAUCCGCCACUGCUGCCGCCGCUGUCGGACGCCCGCCGGGUAAGAUCUCCCUACUGACCGAUCACCACAUAUUUGCGAAGCCCACGGCGGCGGCGGCGGGUGGUGGCGGCGCGGGCGGGGACGGCGAACAGGAAGAGCCGGAGAGCACCUUCAACCUCGGCCUCACGGAGAAGCAGCGCAAGGACAGGGAGGGCAUCGUGCUGCCGUACUUUGACGCGCAGACGGAAAUCGGCGCGGGCGAGGGCGGGCGAAUAUUGUACGACAUGGGCAGGGAGGACAUGGACGACUUUGACGACGAAGAGGACGAAAUCUGACGUCGUAGUACAGCAAUACAAACGACAACAAAGGACGCGCAACCGUAUGAACGUGAUUGCUCUAUAUUUUGUAGUAUAUCUUGCACAUUUGGAUGCCGUUACGCGACGCAGGGUAGUCUACUUUAUACGUUAGAGGGAGAAGGACACUGGCACG